GACCAAGACCCGUAGUGUUCAGUGUCAAAGAAUUCCUCUCACCAACGCGUACUUAACAAAGCAGCGGUGUUCGUGGAUCGUGGUGGCAUAGCGUGUGGCCUUUCCUGUCCCUCCAUGGCGACCGCCGGGCCGUCGAGGAGCGCAGUGGCACCGGAGGACAAGAACGAGCCGGCGAGGCCCCUCGCGCUACCUUCCCCGACGGUCUACCCGGCGUCACACGACGCGGAGGCGGAGGCGCAGGCGGCGACCGGGUGGCGCUCCAUGCAGUACCUCCGGAAGCGCCGGUGCGUGCUCUGCUGCGGCGGCUGCUGCGUGACCACCGUGGUCGUCGUGGGCCUCCUCAUCCUGGUGCUGGCGCUCACCGUGUUCAAGGUCAAGGCGCCCAGGCUGACUAUAAACGCCGUCUGGCUCACGGCCAUCAGCGCCGGGCCCGGGUCGGGGCUCGCGAGCCCCGUAGCCGCCAACGCCACGCUCACCGCCGACGUCUCGCUCAAGAACCCGAACGCCGCGGCUUUCAGGUUCUCGCAGAGCGAGACGGACGUCUACUACAGGGGAAAGACGGUCAGCGUGGCGUACGCGCCCGCCGGCAGCGUCGGCGCCGACCGGACCACGCGCAUGAACGUCACGCUCGACCUGCUCGGCGACCGGCUCGCGCAUGCUAUGAACGGCACCGGCCUGGUGUUCGGGCAGGAGUACGACCUCGACACCUACACGACGAUCAACGGGACGGUCAAGGUGCUGGGAAUCAUCAAAAAGGGCGUCGAGAUCAGGUUGAACUGCUCCAUCGUCAUCGAGGUAGGGGGCGUGGCCGCCGCGCUGGUGUCAGGGGUUGCGUCCACCGUGCAGAGCAAGGGCGUGAACUGUGUCGCAGAUGUGUCACUGUGAGCUGAUUAGUUGAGUGGCGGGUCAAUUACAUAUUGUUUUGAGGUUGCUUUUCUUGUUCGGUUUGUCUUACUCUCCCUUUUUUUAGAUCGGUUCUAGAUUGUUUAUUUAGGUUGUAAAAUACUAUAUAUGUUACGUUUCCAUGCUUAAACUAUGGUGCUGCAAAUUUAUAACCAGAUAGCUUGCACCUGGGAAUUGUUACGUAUAUAUAUCUAGGCACAUAUACUCUAGGCCUAUGAGGACUUUAUAUAUAUUGGCAUCAAGCCAAUUGGAUGAUCUAUCUUAUCACAAUUUCA